AUGUCCCGUUAUGUUGAACCAACUCUUGCUGCUGCCAUUGCUAGUGCUGUGUUGAGUGGUUUAAUUUACAAAUCCGUGUCAUCAUCCAAUCCUUUCAAUCCCAUUCAUCCAGAAGAUGCCGUGAUCAAAACCUUUACUGUUGGAGAGGCCACAAUUUCGAAAGGAUCACCUGUUUCACUUUGUGCAUCUUCUUUAGGUGACAAUAAUUCAGUGUGUAGCGUUGAUAAUUUGUCAUUAACUAGCUCAAUUAUGGAAUCUCCCAAAUUGAAUGACACUUUCACGUUACUGGUUUCGUAUGUGAGUGAUUUGUCUGAUUAUUCCACUCUAUGUUUGGUUCAACAUGUGAGAAAUCCAACAACCAAACAAGAUGCUUUUAUUUUCUAUGGAUUGGUCAUGUAUUCUCCAGUGUUGUACUUUACCACUCAUUCCUUUGAUGUGUUGAAUGCGAUUGAAAACCCAGCCAAUGAUGGAUCGAGCUACUUGCUGUUGGGCGUGAAAUUAUUUUACAAACAAACAAAUGGUGCGAAAGUGAAUGCAAAGUUUUUACUGACCUAUGUUCGUUCCACACCUAACACACCACCUGCUUUUGUCAAUCAUUUGAAAUCUGUGGUUGUCAACUUGGUGGUCGAUGGAAUGACUUUGGUUGAAUUGAGUGUGAACGCCAACAAUGUGGUCGGUCCACAACUUGUUCAAAAUGGAAAUUCAGCACAAAAUUUCUAUGCAAACCAAUUUACAAUUGCAAUGGCAAACUCUGGAAGAGCAUCUGAGAAGACCUUAUUUGCCUUAUAUUUCAACUCUAUUCUCAAUGACAAGUGUCAAUUCAUAACCAUGUCCUACGAUAACUCGACCGAAACGUUGUCUCUACUGACCGCAUUAACUGAUGGUCCUACUGGUAUUGGAUGUAGUGUUGGUUUAACAAGUUUCACCAAUGAUGCAUCUACUGUUUUACUCUUUGAAUUCUUUAGCAGCUGUGACCAUUGA